AUGAAGUCUCCGCCUUUCCUUUCUUUGCUUCUCCUUUUGACUGCCGCUUUCCCAGCAUCCCUUGGGUUCUCUACCGAGGACAAGGAGAGGCCAAAGAUCUUGGGAUAUCAGCCUUUGUCCCCUCUGGUUCUUUCAAAUCUUGACCUUGAUCACUUCGAAAUGGGUCGCCAUCUCAAAGAUGGAACCGAGGAAUCUUUUGUCAAGGCCAAGCGCAUCUAUGAAGAAGGUGCCCACACCAAGCCAUUUGCCAUUCUAACUCUCUUGGCUCCACUCGAGAUUGAACUGAAAAAUGGGGAUCUUGUUGCCGGCGAAACUCCAAAUCAAGACACUGUCACCGGAACUGUGAUUGGUGAUCACAAGAUUGGGUCGUUGCAGCUUGCCGUCAUUUACAAUGCCUCGACUCGAGACUGUUCGGUUGGAGCAUCUUGGAAUCCUCAAACUCAAGGAUGUUUCAAAUCAUCCGGAAGUGUAUUUCUAAAGGAUCGUGAUGGUAUUGCUUUUCCAUACAAUUACAAUCCAGAGGAGGACAAUCAGAAUCGUAUGUCUCUGCAGAAGCUGAGCACUCAUGCAAAGCAGCAAAUGUAUGUUUGCAACGACGGAGACUGUCCCUUCCGUUUGUACGCUCGAUACGUCGACUACUACGGAAACUUCACCUACGCCGAUCAUUGGAUUCAAGCUGCAUUCAAUGGAGGAAGAACUGAUUUGGCUGAUAGCAAUGGGAACUUUGAGCAUUAUGGAUUCGAAGCUCGCGCUGAUAUCGUGUCCAAAGCGGCCAUUCUUUUGAAUCUUUGGAUGUCGAUUCAGUUCCAACUCGACCAUGCCAUUGUUUCCUGUCAAUCCACCUGCCAAGUCAAGGAUCAUUGCAAUGACGAAAGUGUCCACUCUUGGGAUCUUGCUGUUGGAUGGUACGCCGGUUCUUUGGCUGGUCCCGACACCAUUGGUUCUGACGAUAGCCGAUUUCUCCAUCGGCUAGCUGAGAAACGAUGCGUUUCCUUCAAUACUUGCGAUGGCCAACAUGGCGUGUCCCAUGUCAAUAAGGAAAUGUUCGACCUUUUCGAUGCCGGUCAGGAAUUGUUGACCCUUAGCAAGUGUUCUGAUGCCAACGAAAUCAAAGACCGCAUCUCUCGCCUCAUGCUCAUCCCUCUGAUUCAAGAUGCCUUGUGGCAUGCCCACAUCAAUGACGUCAAGCCCGAAGCUCUACUCAAGGAGAAGCACGCUGCCCAAAAGAUCAGUGCUGGAGCUGCCACUGUUGCUGCUGCCAUUUUGCCUCAGAUCGAUUCCUGUGACCCACAAGCUGCCUAUGCUGUUUACGACAAUCUUCGCACUGGUCAUGACGCAUCCUUUGAAACUGUGAAGAAUGCUCUGGAGUCUACCUAUGAGUGCCUAGGUAUCAAGUGCGAAGACGUUGGAGGACUGUACAUCACCAAGCAAGACAAAUACGUCGAGGGAGCUGAGCCUUGCUAUGGAUCCGGCGGGCAGCCCCAACAGGCAUCCACGGGAGAUGCGUCGGCAACCAUCGAACAACACAGUCAUGGUCUCGACAAACUUGACGUUACUUUGAUUGUUAUUUGCACCAUCUUGGGUGCAAUCAUCCUAUGUGGAACCUCCUACUGGGCAUAUGUCAAGAACCGCUGUAUCAUGAACCACUUGCCUCCUCUUGAAGCCUACGAAGCUACUGAAGAUGCCAAGGACCCGCCCUCUUUGAAAGUUGAUGAUGCCGAAGCUGCCUGA